CCGCAACUGAACAAUAAAGUGAAGCAUUAUGGGAACUAACAUCCACCUUUAUAUGAGAAGUAUUUUCCAGUUUCCAGACAGGUUGUCAUACCUGACUUGUCCCCUCUUGGAGAAAGUUCUCUUUUAUAAGCUUACACAGUAACUAAAGUUAGUUAAAUCAGAGGAGAGAAUGAGUAGUCCUAGUAAAAAGAAGUACAACCAGGCGAUGAAGCCAUUCACCAUCGGCUUGUCAUCACGGGUGUUAUUGCUGGAGGACGAACCCUUAAAGCCAGGAGCAGCCUUUCCAUUCGUUAAGGCUCUGAUGACAGUGAACGCCAAACUGCGUGAGCUGUACCCUGACAGUGAGGAGCUGUUCGACAUUGUCGUCAUGACUGAAAAUCAGGAUGAGAGGCGUGUCAAGAACAGUAUCGAACACCUUAGUUUGCCUACUGAAAGGCUCUCUGUGACUGGUGAGAAAUGCCUAACUGAACUUCAGAAGAAAUUUAAGAUUGAUCUCUACUUGUCCGAGAACGAGGAGAAGGUCCAGGAAGCCAUGGUGGCAGGUAUUGCAGCUGCUACCAUGUUCAGCCCUAAAAAAGCAAUUGAACCCCCUGACACUCAGUUGCGCGUGGCCUUCGAUGGUGACGCCGUCCUCUUCUCUAAUGAAUCGGAGAAAGUUUUCAGCGAGAAGGGUCUUGAAGCCUACCUCGAAAAUGAGAGGGCGAAGGAAGACCAGCCCAUGGAACCGGGUCCUCUGAGAUGCUUCCUAGAAGCCCUGAGCAAUCUUCAGCGCAAGCUUCAUGACAAGGGCAUGGUGAAGGACUGCCCGAUCCAGACCUACCUGGUGACGUCUCGCGACGCUGCCAGUGCGGGGUUUCGAGCACUGAAGACCCUGAGGAGCUGGCGCCUGGAUAUGGAUCAGGCUUACUUUUUAUCUGGGGCCCCAAAGACCCCCCAUCUUCAGGUGAUAUGCCCACACAUCUUUUUCGAUGACCAGUUGGGUCACAUCCAGAAAGCUGCCGAUAAUGGGGUAACUGCAGCACGUGUGCCUUCUAAUAUCACACAGAAUAGCAAAGGGAAAGUCAUUGAGAAGCCCCCCAAAACAAAGCUAGGAAGGGGGCUGUGAGAAGGGGGCUUCUAAAGGGGGCUCUCCCCGGAGAGCUCUGUCAUGUGCUCCACGAGUCUAAUCCAAACUGUACAAUUUCUAGAAGUACGAGAAAUUUGAAAAUCAAUAAAUGUGAUUUUACCUGA